AUGGCACCCUACGCGUUCCCCACAGUGCUCCGCGACAUCUACUAUGGAGGCUGGUAGGGCAGCUGUCCUCCGCGUGAAGCGGAAGCGCAGCGCAGAGCCUGCCGAAGCUCUUGUUCUCGCUUGUAAACGCCUCCGAAACGACGCAGUUGAGUCGGCGGCCCAAAAGACGCCCCCUGAGGGUCUGAAGAGAGCAGCAGAGAAUAAUGUCUUCCAGUUGGUGGCUACCGUGCGCUCCCAGGAGGAGCCAGUCCAGCCGCUCGUGCGGGCCGCCUUGCGCCCAUCCCGGGCCAGCCAGCAGCGUAUACGCCGCGACCUCCGUGUGUCGGCUCGGGAGAUCCGGCAGGAGGGCCGCUACAGGGUUGUCUCCAGCCGCCGAUCCUCGGGGAUUCCCUCGGGUGGCCUGGAGUCCGAUGACGCGCAGGGAAACUCAGAAGCCGACAGCGACGCAGACUUCCAGCUGUUCGACCUGGUUCACGAAGAAGGAGACCCCGAGUCCUCUGCCGCUGGCUCCAGCAAAGCAUCUGACCCAGAUGUGAUCCUCUGCAAUUCUGUAGAGUUGAUCCGUGAGCGGUUGACUAUAUCUGAGGAUGGACCAAGAGCAGAGCACCGAGAGGAACAGAAGGAUGACUAUGUGUAUGACAUUUACUACUUGGAGAUGGCCACUCCAGGAUGGAUUGAGAACAUCCUCUCUGUGCAGCCUUACAGCCAGGAGUGGGAGCUGGUGAAUGAUGACCAGCAAACAGAGGACAUUUAUGAAGAUGAAGAUGACGAGAACUGUGAGAGUAAUUGGCGCAAUGAGUACCCAGAGGAGGAGAGCAGUGAUGGAGAUGAAGAUUCCAGAGGCUCUGAUGAAUACAGCAGCCUCAGUGAAGAGGAAAGAGGCAGCAGCAAACGACAGGUGUGGAGCAAAUACCCUUUGGAUGUGCAGAAGGAGUUUGGCUAUGACAGCCCCCAUGACCUGGAUUCAGACUGAUGAUCCUGUGAUACCCAUGAGGUUCUAUCACAGGCCCUUCAGGGCUCUGUGACUGCAGCAUCAGCUGUCCUGGUAAUGGGUUUCCUAGCUUAAAACAGGGAGGGAAAAGGCAUGUCCAGCAGCACCAUCGUACCAAUGAAAACUUGGGCUGAAGGAGUGUGUCUUUUCCACUAACAGCAGGGCCCCUUUGCCUCAAUCUAAAGUGACCCUUGGGCCGGCUGAGUGGCUCAGUUGGUUAAGAGCUCACUCAAGGGUUUGAGCUCUGAGCAACAGUGGUUCGAGUCCAG